UUGCUAACAUCAUUGUUAGUGAAGAAGGUUACAAUGAUGUGGAUAUAUUAGAAACUUUAAAAGGCAUAACACGUUCAGUUGCAAUACUUUUUUCGACACCACCAAUAUUAUCUUUUAUACAUCCCUGGCUUCAAGAACAAUUUGUCACAAUUCCCUAUAUGUUUAAGCCUGUCAUCGAAAAACGCCUAUAUGAUAAAAAGAGAUUGGGUGAUUCUUGGGUUGCUCCAUUGGAUUUAUUACAAUACUACUUAGAUGAUCCAGAAAUAACUCCUGAUCUCGAUCCAAAUAAUGUAAAUUAUGAUUAUAUUGCCGAUGCGAUCAGUUUUUUUAUUUUUGCUGCUAUUGAAACGACAUCUCAAGGUGCCACCAGUGCUUUAUACGGUCGCGUAGUUAUCUCUAACCUUAGUGACAUCAAUAAUGAUGAAGAACUUCAAGGAAAAAAUCCCAGAGUUUUAUGCAUACCGUCAUCUGGAACGUAA